AUGAGUGAUUCCACCGGUCGGGAUUCUGCCGCAACACAUGUCACUCAACCACCCGAGUAUUCGAAAAAGCUGGUCGUGGUUGGUGAUGGUGGUUGCGGUAAGACAUGUCUACUGAUCAGUUACAGCCAAGGCUACUUCCCUGAGAAAUAUGUUCCGACUGUAUUCGAAAACUACAUCACUCACACCACGCAUCCGCCGACCGGCAAGGGAGUUGAGCUGGCCCUCUGGGAUACGGCCGGACAAGAAGAGUAUGACCGUCUACGGCCGCUGUCGUAUCCCGAGACCGACCUGCUCUUUGUUUGCUUUGCUAUUGACUGUCCCAACUCUCUCGAAAAUGUAAUGGACAAGUGGUAUCCCGAAGUGCUCCACUUUUGUCCAACUACACCUAUUGUCCUCGUUGGCCUCAAGUCCGACCUCCGAACCAAGCGCUCCUGCAUCGACUUGCUCAAGACCCAGGGUCUCACACCAGUGACACCCGACCAGGGCCGUGCGGUAGCGGACCGCAUGGGCGCCUCGUACGUGGAGUGCAGCAGUAAGGAGAUGCGGGGAGUCGACGAGCUCUUUGAAAUGGCAGUCAUCCUGGCCGUUGGCGAGGAAGAAGAGGAGCGUGUCCAAGUACGCGGCAGUGGCAAGACCACUCCUACAACAAACACCACACGCGGCACCAGCAAGAAAUCCAAGAAGUCCAAGUGCAAGCUCUUGUAA